AUAAAAUAAAAGCAAAUUCAAUUGUGUGUGUUUUUGCGCGGAUAAACAACCUGCGCAUAUGUACAAGUAAAGCAAAACAUUGCUCAAAUAUUUGAAAACAAUCAGGUGAUUAGAGGCGUCUGUGACGGAGCCGGCGACCUGGAAAUGUCAUCCGGACCGUACUUUGUGGGCGUCGAUGUGGGCACGGGCAGUGCAAGGGCCGCCCUGGUGGCCGCCGAUGGGCGUGUCCUCGAGCAGGCGGUGCAGGCCAUCAAAACCUGGAACCCAGAGCCGCACUACUACAACCAAUCCUCCGAUAAUAUCUGGCAAUCCAUCUGCCAGGUGGUAAAGAAAGUCAUUGACGGCGUCGAUAAGUCGGAAGUGAAGGGCAUUGGCUUUGAUGCCACCUGCUCCUUGGUGGUUCUGGGUGCCCAAGGAUCGCCGCUGAGUGUGAGCAAAACCGGUGAGGCGGAGCAGAACAUAAUCCUCUGGAUGGAUCAUCGAGCGAAGCAGGAAACGCAGGAGAUAAAUUCGUUUAAGCAUCCGCUUCUGAAAUAUGUGGGCGGUCAGGUUUCCCUGGAGAUGGAAGUGCCAAAAUUGCUCUGGCUGAAGAGGAAUCUUUCGAAGACAUUCACAAAUAUAUGGAGAGUUUUCGAUCUGCCUGAUUUUUUGACCUGGCGAGCAACUGGUGUGGAUACGCGAUCGCUUUGCUCAGUGGUCUGCAAAUGGAACUACGAUGCAGCGAGUGAGAGUUGGAACAAGCAGUUUCUCGAGCAGGCAGAUUUGGAGGAGUUGACCCGGAAUAACUUCGAGAAACUGGGCAGUGAUGUCCAGCCGCCGGGCAGAAAAGUGGGCAAAGGACUUACGGCCAAGGCAGCCGGGGAAUUGGGAUUGCCAGUAGGAACUGUGGUCAGCACUUCCUUAAUUGAUGCCCAUGCCGGCGCCUUGGGAAUGUUUGGUUGUCGAUCAAAAGAAUCCAAGGACGACGAUGUCCAGGGCAAAAUGGCUUUGAUUGCCGGCACUUCCACCUGCCACAUGAGCAUCACCAGAAAGGCCUGUUUCGCCCAUGGCGUUUGGGGUCCAUACCAGGAUGCCAUUAUACCUGGCUAUUUCCUUAACGAAGGCGGUCAGAGUAUUGCAGGUCACCUCUUGGAUCACGUCAUUAAGUCCCAUGAAUCCUACGCUGAAUUGAAGUCAACACUGGGGGAGGAUAAGUUUAUCUAUCAGCAUCUCAAUAAGUUACUCACGAAGUUGGCGGCUGACCGAGGACUCGAUCAGGUGAACUGUCUUACCCAGGAUUUGCAUGUCUGGCCGGAUUUUCAUGGCAAUCGAUCGCCCAUCGCAGAUCCCACGCUGCGAGGAAUGAUCUCUGGCUUGGACAUGACGCGUGGAAUUGAAUCUCUGGCCAUUAGAUACUUGGCUUUCGUUCAAGCUCUGGCUUAUGGAACUCGUCACAUUAUCGAGAACCUAUAUCAGUACGGCAGAGCGCCCUUCCAAACGCUCCUUUUCUGCGGUGGACUGGCCAAGAAUCCUUUGUACGUGCAAUGCCAUGCGGAUAUCUGCAAUCUGCCCACCUUAAUUCCGGACGAACAGGAAAUGGUUCUGGUAGGAGCUGCUGCAUUGGGAGCAGCUGCAUCGGGACACUUUGACAGCUUGGAGAGCGCCUCAAAGGCUAUGGGUGGCACAGGCCAACUGGUCAAGCCAAACUCAGAAACCUUGGAGUUUCACAACCGCAAAUACAAGGUGUUCCUACAGCUGCUGAAGAACCAACGCCAAUAUAGGAGCAUUAUGCAAGGAGACACUGAAUAGAUUUCCCUUUUCGUUGUCUUGAACUUUAAAUAAUUUGAAAAUAAAUGCCUUUACAUUA